AUGACACCCGCGUUCGGCUUCUCAGUGGGGGAUCUCAUCAGCGCCAUAGGUCUCGUGAAAAGAGUCACCAAGGCGUUGAAGGAGACAGGAGGAGCUCCCACGGAUUAUCAAUUAGUGGUCAUCGAGCUCAAGGGUCUGAAGAGCAUACUGCGACACCUCGAGACAUUGAAGCCCACCAAAGAUAAUGUCACCCACAUCAACGCCACUGGCGGCAUGGCUCUUGCGUGUCAGCUGCCUCUGCGAGGCUUCAUGGUCAAGCUUGAAAAAUUCGACUCUACACUGAGGCCAUAUGCGGACAAAAGAUCGCUUGAGCGAUGGUGA